AUGCGGCCGCAUUCAUCGUCUUCAGAUGGAGAGGAAUCUGGUAAUUCGGUACAUCUUCAACUGUGCGGUACAGCGGCUGAAGCAUUUCCUCGUCAUUGGGACUUCGUGAAAGUGCACCGUUCCGCAGAGUCUCGCGUCUCUUUUAUCCUUUCUUAUGACCGUAUCGUAAGCGAGUUGCAACCGGAGUACUGGUGGCGCAACAACAUUUCCUCUACCAGCUGUUUUAAACAGUUGUGGCUCGCAUACAAUGGCCUUGCAGAUGAUCGCAAUGAGUUAACGGAAUACCAAAUUGUUCGUGAAGUCAUCUGGUCUUUACUCGGGGCUCGUUCCUCCUAUAUUUUCCGGGUGCUUUACGACCCUGAAAAAUUGCUCAACAAUCGUGUCGUUACAUCCAAACGAGCCAGUUUAGCUAGCCUUCCUUACACCACCCUGGACUCGUUGUUGAACAUAUUCGCUCGCUUUGCGACCAAUAAUCUAAUUUUGCAUGUUUGUAUUCAAUUUAUUGCUCAAUCGGCUGCCAUAGUUCACCCCUGUAUCCUUGCUUUCGGAAUGUGUUUGGACGAUUAUUUGGCAGAUUUCGCCCGUUACUUGCAGAUCUUACAGAGUCGAUCUCGAGGUCCCCAUAACUUCACUCUUACUAAACUCCACUUCUCUUUGCUUUCUUGGAGUCGUCGCGCAAACAUACUUGCAACUCUGCUUACUCAGUUAACCGCUGGAUAUGUGAGCAGGUUAAUGGAAGGUGGUGCACACAUUUAUCUUUUGGACCUAUUGUAUCAUGCAAACAUUUCAUUUUCUGACUGUUGUACCGAUGCUUCUCUUCUAGAGUUGCUCACGACCUCAUUUUUUCGUGCUUUCUUUCCUUAUCUCUUCUCCACAAUUCAUUUGCUCUCGGGACAUGUUUCUUUUCAUGAUUGUAUCAGCUGUUUAUUCAUUAAGACAGAAUCUGACACUAAUUUAGCUGAUCCGGCCUUUUGGAAACAGACGUUUCUUCACUCAGCAACCUCCGGCACUUCGUUUCCUCUAGCUCAGACCCCACGCUUCUUCCUCCCGGUUCUCAGUGAGCUGGUUAGUGCUUUAAGGGCCUUAUGUGUUCUUACGGCUCUCUCUGAACAUGCUCCACAUCUUGAUCUUCUAAAAUCUGUAGCUAUCGAACCAGCGACUAUUUUGUCAACCAUCACGAAAUCUCUGUUCAACAAUGACAAACAUCUACCAACUACUGUUUCAAACGUGAGGUUAUCCACUAAUCCGAUUGUUCACACCAAUCUACGGACUGAAUUACUAGCCUCUGUACUUUGCUAUGGAUCAACAGAUGCGAUGGAUACAGCUUUUUUGGGCAAUGAAAGGCAGUCACGCACACCCACAUUAGAAAGUUUACAAACGACAUUGAAAACCUUUGUUCGCACUCGUUGCGCAUUGUUGAAUCGGCAUCUAGUCAAUCUCCUGAUUGCUACUUCUCCGUUAACGAAUUUUGGCUUUCGAAGCCUCGGAGACGCAUUGGCUGCUGUCGGCACUGUUUACCUAUUCGGAGCUGGAGAUCGCAUGAACGACUUCGCACGUCACUUAUUUAGUAGCAUUAAGGUUUUGGAGCCAUGGUACCUAGAUCUUGCUGGCCUCACUUUGUGUUUGCGCUCUCAGUUUGGUCCCAAAUUGGUCCCGUCCUUUAUGUCUAGUGAGAGUACUGCGUUCACUUUUGUGUCGACUUCAAGAUCCACAUCCAUUCCGUCUUUGCUGGGUAAUAUCCUCGAAUCGUUCAACCAUAUCAAGUUGGUCUAUGACGCCCAGUGGCCUACCAGCAUAAUCUUGAACGACCGUGCCAUUGAGGUUUACAAUGGUGUGUUUUUGUUCUUCAUGAAAGUGAAGUAUACAAAGUGGCUGCUGGAGACUUUGCAUUUUUCGCAGCUGGCUGGUCUUGAACUCGAUCUCACUUCAUACCAUUACAUGUUACUACUGCGCUUACACAUGCUAUUUGUCUUCACGGGUCUUCAUGAUUUUCUGGCUCAUCGCGUGGAAAGUCUGCGGAUACGGAUUGUUCAAAACUGGGGCCUACCUGACGUUUCAGAAUCUCAGGAACCACGUUCUGACCCAGCCUCAAGCGAUCUUGGUCAGCUUAUUCGUGAUCACGAAUCCACUUUGUCCGAUCUUGAGUCCAUCUGUUUACUAACCGAGUCAUCCAAUAUGCUUCGCAAUGAGAUCAACAAUCUUUGCCACAUGAGUCUUACUUUUCAGUCCUUGUGGUCUCAGUGUCGCUCUUACCCGGAUCUGCUACCUCGGCUAGUUGACCUGGGUUCCGCAUUUCACAAUCACAUCAAGUUCCUGGCUCAGCUUCUGUUUCGAGCGGUUCGUAUAAGCAAUGCAAGACGUUUGCUUCCACUUGCGGAAACUUUUAUCAUUGCGUCCUCCUUCACUUAUCCUCCGUGACUGGCUUUUUUAAUAUCUCUUCUACCUCCUAUAUUCUCAUACAAUUGCUUUGAGC